AUGGUGGGACCACCUGCGAUAAAGGACCAUGCCACAGCCAAAGCUCCAGCGUGGGAAGAUGCGCAGGAACUGGUGGCGCUGGAUCGCUUGCGGUUUCAGCACUUGCAUCGAGUUCUCUAUGCUCACAGGCAGCGAGUUGAAAACGCAAACUCGUACUACGAUGUCUUUGAGACGGAGAGGCAGACUAGUGCAUUGUUCGCACGCUCCGAGGCUAUGCGGAUCUCUCGGGCCAGGCGCAAGGAAGAGGAGACCGAUAGUCUCAAUCGCGAUAACCAGCGGCUGGUCGAACGGCUGGGUGCAGUGAUGCGCGAGUCCGAGGGGCGACGGCGACAGAUUUUGGUGCCGAAACCGCCGAGCUCAGCCCCUGCAGCAGGUUCCUUGAAUUUGACAUUGCGGCGCAAGGCUGCCCGGCAAAUUGACAAGGACAACAAAGUCCUGCUAGACCGACUCAUUCGCAUUGGGCCCACAGUUAGUGACCGUGCUGCGCUCGCAUCUCGAUAUGAGGUGUACACGACACUCGUGAAAAGGCACUCCAGGCUUCGACGGACCGUCAGCAAGGCUGACGUUUUCAGGACACCGCCUCCGCCCAUCAGAGAGCCUCGCUUUCGAAAGCCAAAGCGCGCAACUGCGGAGGCGCCACUCUUGCCCCUUCCAGCUGUCGACAAAUCCUCCAAGGAGGUCCGACAAGCGCAGGAGCCGGCUGUUGAGGAUGCCCGGCCGGAAACUCCAGAGCCACUGCGCAGCGCGCGGAAGGCGGCGCAGAAAGAGCUCGAUCUCGUGGGCCAGCACGUGCUGAGCAAGCUAAAUGAAACUGCAGAUGCUUCAGGCACCCAGACGCGAGCGGAGACGCUCGGAAAUGCAACAUACUCUGACUUGGGCUUUGAUGGCAGUGACACUGAGCCUGUGGAAGUGGCCAGAGGCGAUGAGCAGGAGGGAGAAGCUCUGUCCGGCACUCCGGAGCCGAUUCGAUCUGCCAAGAAGGCAGCCCAUAACGAGUUGGAGCUGGUUGAGAAGAAGGUGCUUAAGAAGAUGUAUCCGGCAAGUACAGCAAGCGAUGCCAACGCCGCAGUGGAUCCAGGCGCAUCGUUCGGAGGUGAUGCGACGUACUCAGAUUUCGAGGGAAGCGAUGCUGGGGAGGUCCAACCCCGCAAUGAAGAGGAAACUCAGGGAGAGGAGUCCGACUACGAGGAUGAUUGUGAGGCUGAAGACGAUGCCUACAGCGACACCUUCGAGGUUGAGGAUGCAGAUCAGCCGGAAGUGGCCUGGUCGAGCGUGGCAGCGGCAGUGGCAGCGGCAGAGAGCAACGAUGCUGCCGAAAGCAGCAACAGCAACUCCCCCGCUGCCCCGGCUGCGGCGGAAUCGGGGUCGGGGCGUUCUCCCCCAGCUCCCGUUGCAGACAGCGAGCCCUCGGAGUGUGACGAGUACUCUGAACCGGAGGAAGACUCGCCGAAACUGGAGCUCGAGCUCGAGUCAGAAGAAGAGCCGGAAAAUCUGGUUGAGGCCGAGGCCUCCGACGAUGGUCGCGACACCGAUUCCUACGGUUCGUAUUACGCUCCCAGUGAGGCAUCAAAUGCAAAUCCAAAGUCGGAUGGUGGCUCCAUCGCGAGCUACGACGAUGACAAUAUCUUUGAGGAGGAUUCCGGCCCGUCCCUUCAUGCGCCAGACAGUCCCUGA